AUGAAUGAUACAACACUUAAAUCGAUUGCCAAGAGCCUGGUUCCGGAAAAUUAUUUGGCACUCGCAAACGAUGCACGCCUGGAACGUGAUAAGGAAAUCAAACAGCUGCUCGAAAAGCGUAAAUUGCCCGCUUCAGGAUGGAGUGAUACGAUGAUCGAACACUUUGUGCGUGAACUAGCGCUGCUGGAUAGUAAUAACUUUCCUACCCGGUGCGGUGUCGGAGAACGGGAAGGACGCGUCAUCUGUGAUCUCGUCCGUCGUAGGCAUUACAACUUUUCCCACGGCAUUGGACGUUCCGGCAACUUAACCGAUGCACAACCAAAAGCGGCAGGUUCAACGAUAAUGGCAAACCUAACCAACUGUCUGGUGCGUGAUUGGAUACGAACGAUUGGCAUUCCUACCUGUGCACAUGCGACCGUUAUUCCUCUCGCUACAGGCAUGACCAUGAUGCUAGUUUUGCGAGCGAUUCAUUCCAAACGUCCCUCUGCAAGCUACGUCCUGUGGUCUCGCGUGGAUCAACAAUCGUGCUUUAAGAGCAUCCUAGCCGCAGGAUUGAGGCCCAUCAUUAUCGAUAGCAUACUAGCGUCGGAAACAAGAAACCAAGAUGACGCUAAUUCAUCGUUUUCCACCGAUCUUCCGGAGUUUGUUUCAAAAAUCAAAGAACUGGGAGCAGACCGUAUAUGCUGCAUCUUGUCCACGACGAGUUGUUUCGCACCGCGUGGCAGUGACGAUGUAAUCGAACUAGCUAAACUCUGCCAAACGUACGACAUUCCACACAUCGUGAACAAUGCGUACGGUUUGCAGAGUUCGUACCUUACUCACCAGCUGGCACAAGGUGCACGGGUGGGAAGAAUCGAUGCGUUCGUGCAAAGCACGGAUAAGAAUUUGCUCGUUCCGGUCGGCGGUGCGAUAGUGGCGGGAUUCAAAAGCGACACGGUUGAGGCGGUUGCCAAGCUGUAUCCUGGCCGUGCUUCUGGGACACAAUCGCUCGAUGUACUUAUGACGCUUCUAUCGUUGGGCAAGCAAGGUUAUGAAAGGCUCACGAAGGAACGUAAGGAAACACACGCAAUGCUUUUGGAAGGAAUGGCAAAGCUUGCUCAUGCACACGGUGAACGCAUUUUACCCUGUCGCAAUCCAAUUUCAAUCGCAAUGUCGCUGACAUCGUUCCAAGGGAAUUCAGGUCGGCUGGAAAUGAUUGGCUCCAUGUUACAGAAGCGCGGUGUAUCGGGCUGUCGUGUAGUAAACACCGAGGAUAGUAAAACUAUCGAUGGGAACACGUUUCUUCGCUGGGGAUCACAUAGUUCGAAGAGUGGUGUACCUUAUCUUACGGCAAGUGCCGCCCUGGGCAUUGAGCCACACGAAGUGACAAGCUUUCUGGCUAAGUUGGACGACGUUUUGCGUAAGUAUCGCAUGAAGUAUAUGGGAGAUGAUAGUUGA